UAAAGAUUAUUGGGGUGGGGAGAGGGUGAGAAUGGCUGAAUCAUGGAUCCAAAAGGCAAAGUACCAAUUAUUAAUUGAUGCCAUUGAUUUCAUCCCAAGUGAAAAAUUUCACGCACAAAAGAUGGAAAAGUGAAGGGUAAAAAGCAUAUAAUAAUAACAUAUCAUGUAUACCAAGAAACUCAUUGGAGAAGGAUUAGUAAACUGCCACUCCCCUUUCACCUAUACACUCUACUUUCUUCUUCUCUCCCUCAUCUCUCUAUGAAGAACACCAUUAGAUGCUGCAUAUCUUGCAUUCUGCCGUGCGGCGUCCUCGAUGUGAUUCGAAUAGUCCAUGCUAAUGGGCGGGUUGAAGAGAUAAGUGGCAGCAUUAAAGCAGAAGAGAUAAUGAAAUUGCAUCCAAAGCAUGUACUAAAGAAACCCUCAUCACCCACAGGUGAAGGGAUUUGCCCAUCGAUUGUUGCAGUUCCGCCUGAUGCAGAACUUCAAAGAGGGAAGAUUUAUUUCCUCAUGCCAGUGCCAGAAAAAACUCGAUCAAGAUCAUCGAUAAAGAAGGAAAAGAAAGAGACACAAAUUGAUAUUGAGAACAACAACAACGUUGUCAUGACGAAUUUAGUAAUGUCGGAUAAAUAUUUGUCUGAUAUUCUUAAAGAGAAGGUAUCAACGCAAAGGGAUCGAAGAAGAGGGCGUGUUGGCAUAUGGAGACCUCACUUAGAGAGCAUCACUGAGACGCCAAUGGAAGCUUGAAUGACGAGUAAUCUUUAUUCUAAGUUGUUUAUUUUCAAUAUAGAUCAUCAAAAAUAGGGCUUCAAGACUGAAAAUAUGAACGUUCCUUUUCAAUUAUCUUCUCUGAAUUUUUUCUUUACUUAUUAUUACAUGAAAAAUAAUUUUUCCAGAAGUUGUACUACUGUUAGAGUUAUGUUUGUUAUAAGGCGCAACAUCUGUAGAAAAAGAGAUUUUGAUUGUGUUGCAGAAGUAUUACUUUUAAUUGCCUUGCUAGAGACUAGA